AUGUCAUCGUUAACCAAGUUGUUGCAGGAGAAGAGGAAGAAUGAGAUUGUUAGUGCGAACUUGGCCUCAUCGCUGCAGGCAGCUGUGUUAACGGAACCUUUGGUGGAUCAUCAACGCCAGAAUGCUGUGGAAAAGCCUUCUUUAACACAAAGGUACUCAAGCACGACGACAAUUACGCAGGUUAACUCGAAUAGUGAUAGCGAUACCACGCCAAAUGGGUCGAUGGAUAGGGGUAAUCCACUUUCCCAAUCGUUCAUGGACACUAAUUCUGCGUAUACAGCAGCUUUUUACAGGGGCAGCAGCAUGCCGUGCAAGGAUCGCACGGUGUCAGUUAUCAUUAACGAAGGGAUCAAUAUUAGUCGGAACUCGUCAGCCAAGCAUUCAUGGAGUCAUAGCGUGGGUCGAAACUAUCCUUCAUUAUCCUCCAGCAUACCUUAUUCGGUUCCUAAUUCAAAUAGCAAUGGUGCGAGCUCGCAGACGAGUUUUACACAAGACAACAACAACCCUGGUAAUACGUUUGUGACUUCUCAGUGGAUAGAAAAGUAUGGGAACUCACUUCCAAAGAAUGUUUCUGCUAUUGACUCGAAUAUUAUUUCGUCCCCCAAAGUCGGUUCAGUGGAGCCGCGAUUUGUAAUUUCACGACAAAAGUUGCAGAAAAGCCCGACUGAAAUUACCUCUAACCAUUCGAUAUCGAUUUCAAGGUCGAGUUCCCUUUCCUCACAACUGGGUAAUUUCUUUUUCACCAAGUCAUCCAAAGAUAUACCGUUUUCCUCUGCUGGGAAUGUUCCAACUUCCUCCAACAGUUGCUCUAAUAAAGAAAAUGUCAAUAAUGAGAACUGCAUCCCUAAACCCAUUCGUGCCAGACAAAGUUCUGUCUAUAGCACUUCACGCCAGCCCACUGGCUCCUACAACGAUAAUUUUGCAGGGUCGCCUUCCUCGUUACAAGAAAAUCCGUUGUCCCACCAAGCGACAAAAUCGCGCCACUCCUCCUUUGCAGAUUUAAAGAGAUUUUUCAAAAGGAGUGGCUCUAACAGUCAGUUAAGUGUAUCGCCGGGCACCCCACCAGUUUCAAAUGGUUCCAUUUCUUCACACAGUUCAAACCAUUCUUCCACAUUUACGGCGGGUUCUUAUGGAAGCCAGAAUGGCGAAGUAUUAUUUAAUCCUACUGGCAGUGCCGUGUCCCAAGGGUUAACGUUUUUCAAGAGGUAUUCCAAAACAGGAGAAAAGCUGGGUGCAGGUGCUGGCGGAUCUGUUAGAUUAGUAAGAAGAUUGAGAGAUAAUACUGUUUUUGCUGUUAAAGAAUUUCGUCCUAAAUACGAUAAUGAAUCAAAGCGUGAUUACAUUAAAAAGAUUACGUCUGAGUACUGUAUUGGCACAGCAUUACGUCAUCCGAACAUUAUCUCAACGAUAGAGAUAGUUUACGACAACAAUAGGAUAUUACAAGUAAUGGAAUACUGUGAUUAUGAUCUUUUCGCCAUUGUUAUGAGUAAUAAGAUGUCCUACGAAGAAAUCAAUUGCUGCUUCAAGCAAAUUUUAGUGGGAGUUGAAUACUUGCAUUCUAUGGGACUUGCGCAUCGUGAUUUGAAACUUGACAACUGUGUUAUUAACCGCCAAGGGAUUGUGAAAUUAAUUGAUUUUGGUGCUGCUGUUGUGUUCACUUACCCACAUUCUGGUACACUUGUAGAAGCAAGUGGUAUUGUUGGAAGUGAUCCAUAUCUUGCUCCGGAAGUUUGUAUUUUUACGAAGUAUGAUCCUCGACCGGUGGAUAUUUGGUCCGUUGCGAUCAUUUAUGCAUGCAUGAUCCUAAAAAAAUUCCCUUGGAAGAUUCCAAAGUUAAAGGAUAAUUCUUUCAAGUUUUUCUGCUCUGGAAGAGACUGCGACUCCCUGAGCGCACUGGUAACCCGUACACCUGAACCUCCAUCUUAUGACAAUAUGAUCUCAGGAAACACAUAUUCUUCACCCGCCCAACAGUCUAACAACCCCUCUGAUCCGAACAACCCCAAUAUUGGACCUCAAAGGCUUUUGCACUCCUUGCCAGAAGAGAGUCAGAAUAUCAUUGGUCGUAUGGUAACUCUAGCCCCAGCCUGCAGGGCCUCAAUUGAUGAAAUAAUGGAGGAUGACUGGAUUCGCUCAAUUGACAUUUGUUAUGUUAAUGAAGUUACCGACAGGCUUAUAACUGCAAGUGAUCAUAAACACACUCAGGUAGAUCAAAGUGAGGCCCAUAUAGCAGGCCUUGAGAAGAAAAAGAAAAGGGGCAAAUGA